AUGGCCCCCAACGUUUCCAACGUGGAACAUGCCGACAUGCACGACUUCAAGGGGCUUGUGGCCUUGGCCCGGGCGUUGGCGGUUGAAUUCGUCCUGCCUGGUCCUGGCGACGUUGUCGUCGAGGGCAUUGCUGACGUUUUCGAACCGGCUGCCGCGAAGCUGAAGUGGUCAAAGACGCUUGCAAAAGACUUCAUGAGACGUGACAAUAUACCCACGGCAGAGUACCGCAACUUUAACACCUAUGAGCACGCAAGAGAGUAUCUUUCUUCUAUCAACCACCGCGUGGUGAUCAAGGUAUCCGGUCUUGCUGCUAGAAAAGAAGUCGUUCUCCUAGAGGCGCAGGAAGAAGCCCAGCGAGAGCUCCGCGAGAUGAUGGUCGACAAGAAGUUUGGGCACCAAGAAGUCGUCAUCCAGGAGUUUCUCUCGGGUGACGAGAUAAGCGUCCUCGCGUUCUGUGACGGGCACACUUCAGAUCGUUGCCACCAGUUCAGGAUCACAAACGAAAAUUCGAUGGUUCGAAGGGUCCGAAUACUGGGAGCAUGGGGGUUUAUGGACCGGUUGACUUUGCGUCACGCGAACCGAUGGCUCAGAUGGAGAAGGACCUAA